UUUUUUUUCAUCUUCUUCUUUAUCCCCUUACAUAUUAUUAUUAGUAUAUAAAUUUUUAUCUUUCCUAUUCUUUCUUUUUCCCUUCCAUUCUUUUUUUUUUUCCCUUUCCUUGGUUGAUUUCAAACUCCUAUAAGAAAUGAAACCAAGUUCGAUUUCUAUCGUUCCUUUAUUUGCUUUAGCUACUUUUUAUCUUCAAGGCACCACUGACGCUUUACUUCAUCAUAGUAAAUAUAAAGCAUCUCCUUCUGAUGAUGUUAUUACUGGUCGUUAUAUUGUAGAAUUUGCCAACCAAGAAGCUGCCAAUCCUUUUGUUCAUUCUUUGUCCACCUCUUUUGAACAUGAUGUCAAGAUACACGAACAAUUUAAACAUGACUUGUUUCAUGGUCUUUCCUUCAAUUUACAUGACCCUAACCCUUCUCUAGUAACAGCUUCUAGCUAUGAUGAAAAACUUCAAGAAUUGUUUGACCACGAACACGUCACUGCUGUCUAUCCCAUACGUGCCAUUCAACGUCCUGAACUCACCGCUAUUCCUGUCACCAACCAAAACGAAAAUAUUGCUCAAACCAUUCUUCCUCAUCAAUUGACUCAAGUGGACCGUGUUCAUAAGGAAUUGAAAAAUACUGGUAAAGGUAUUGUUGUUGGUAUCAUUGACUCUGGUGUGGAUUAUAAACAUCCUGCUCUUGGUGGUGGUUUUGGCAAAGGUUACAAAGUUCGAUAUGGUGAAGAUUUAGUUGGUGACAAGUAUGAUAGUAAUCAACCCAAUCCUAUUGUUCGACCUGGUCCUACUCCUUUGGAUAAUUGUGGUGCUGCUUCUGGUGCUUCAGGUCACGGAACUCAUGUUUCUGGUAUCGUUGCUGGUUCAUCUGCUAAUUUCACUGGUGUGGCUCCUGAUGCUACUUUGGGUAUGUGGCGCGUAUUUGGUUGUACUGGUUCGACUGGUAACGAUAUUAUCAUUAAGGCUUUGCUCAAGGCUUACGAUGCUGGAAGUGAUAUCAUCUCCUUGAGUUUGGGUGAUAACAGUGGUUGGAGUGAAGGUCCUGAUACUAUUGUUGCCUCAAGAAUUGCAAAGAAGGGUGUUCCAGUUGUAAUUGCUGCUGGUAAUGCUGGUCAAUCUGGUGCUUUUACUGUUGGUUCCCCCAGUACUGGAGAAGGUGUUAUUUCCGUAGCUUCCUUUGAUAAUGCUCACAACUUGGUUUACAAAUUCAAGGCUACUGGAUUCUCUGAUGCUAUUGCAUAUGCUUCUAGUCAAAGUGGUAAAUUCCCAUCUGGUGAUAUUGUUGCUGGUGAUAAAGCUGUUGGUGGUACCAAGGAUGCUUGUGAUCCUUCCACUAUUCCUGCUACUGUUAAAGGUAACUAUGGUUUGGUCAAACGUGGUUCUUGCACUUUCAGUAUCAAGUCAGCUAACUUGGCCAAGGCUGGUGCCAUUGGGGUUGUUGUUUAUGAUAAUGCUGGUGGUGAUGCUUUUACUCCCUCUGCUCCUGAUGCCAAGGUUCCUGUUAUGGGCAUUGCUCAAAAAGAUGGUGAAGCUCUUCUUGCUGCUAUCAAGAAAGGAAAAGUCUCAUUGACCUUUGAUGGAAAAUUAUCUCCUGUACCACUUGCCUCUGCCAAAACUGUGUCUUCCUUCUCUAGUGUUGGUGCUUCUUAUGAAUUAGAUCUUCGUCCCAACAUUGGUGCUCCUGGUGGUGAUAUUUAUUCUACUCUUCCUCGUUACUUGGGUUCAUGGGGUAUGAUGUCUGGUACUAGUAUGGCUACUCCUUAUUUAUCUGGUUCUAUUGCUCUCUAUUUGAAGUCUGCAAAGGGUAAAAACAAAAAGGGUACCUAUAUCAUGGAAGAAUUCCAAAAUUAUGCUUACAAGGCUCCUGUUCAAAAUGGUGAAAAGGCAAUCGAUUCUCCUCUCCGUCAAGGUGCUGGUCUUAUUCAAGUUUAUGACACGAUUCAACAAAAUGUUCAUAUUACUCCUGGUCAAUUCAGCUUCAAUGAUACUUCAUCCAACCAAUAUAAGACUCAAACUUUCACCAUCACCAAUCAUGGAUCCAAGACUGUGUCUUACCAAAUCAGCAACAAUGUAUCUCUCAGUGUUGUUCCUUAUGAUCUCGCCACAUCUGGAUAUACCUAUAUUCAACCCAUCAACUAUACCACUGCUGCUGCCAAGUUACGUAUUUCCAAGAAAUCCAUCAAAGUUGCUCCUGGAAAGUCAGUCAAGGUUAAGGUAUCAGUGAUCCCUCCUCAUACGGAUGUCAAGCAACAUAUCAUGUAUGGUGGUUAUGUACAACUCAAGUCCAGCAACAAGAAGAAUGGUCUCGAUUUGUCCAUUCCUUACUUUGGUGUAGUAGGUCGUCAAAAGGAUUUACCCAUCUUUGAUCAAGACUUCCCUUAUCUUUCUAGUAAUAGCAAUGGUACAGUGGCCUAUGAAAAGAACGAAACCUUUGUGCUCAACCGUAGCAAGAAAGCCGAAGCUUAUAUUAUCACUCGCUUACUUUCUGGUACAGCUCUUCUUCAAGGUGAUGUAGUGGAUGUCAAGUCCCACAAGGUCAUUGGCAAGGCUUUCCCUGAUCAAACUUAUUUGGCCCGUAAUACUUUGAAUCCUACCGAACAAGCUCAAUCCAUUCCAUGGGAUGGUUCUUACUACAAGUCUGGCAACAAACCUAUUCCUGUGCCUAAAGGUACUUAUGAAAUCACCGUUAGAGCUCUUCAUAUCUUUGGCAAUCCCAAAAAGCAAGCUGAUUUCGAUACUUGGACUUCUGGUCAUAUUCGUGUUACCAAUUAGUUUAUAUUUUGUAUUUUUUUUUUCUUUUGUAGUAGUACUAUUUCGUUCUCCCUCUCCUCUAUCUUUUUUUUUUUUAUUUUAUUAUUAUGAUUUGUACUAUUAUCUCACCUUUACGUGUAUUCUUUCACUAUUCUAUUUCACCAUUAAAAAAAACGGAAUUCAAACUGAUCAAAGUGUGAUCUUUUUUUUGAUGAUGCAGGAUGAUGGAUGAUAUGUGAUGAU